UAUUUUAGAACACAGAGUUAUGAAGUUAUCAUUAAUUUAGAACGUAGACUUAGCUCUCUCUAUAAUUUUCUUCAUACGCUCAAUAUGUUUCUCUUUUGGAGGUAUACAUUCCCUCACGAUCUCAACUUCAUUCAAGUUCUUGAUCCAUCUGUUUAAUUCUGGAAACGUAUCCUCUGGAGUCAUAUCAAUCCCCAAACAUUCCCAAGCCCGAGCAAGACAAAACGGGAUCAUACUUCCCGCAACCAUGUCCAAGAAUCCGAUCGUCUUGCCACCAAAGAAAUCUUUUCCAGUGACUUCCUUCUCAAGAAACAUAAGCAUUUCUCGAAUCUCCUCAAUAGCAACAUCUAUUCCCUUCUCUGCUUUUACUAGGGGCAUGAAGCCAACUGAGUACCUGCUCAUCAACGAACUUGGCCCAGAACCGAACCAUGGCCUUCUCGUAGGGAUCGUGAGGUAGAAUUGGAUUGUUAUUCCAAGUUUGGUCGAUGUAUUCGAGGAUCACAUGUGACUCGGAUAAUAAUUUAUCAUUGUGAACAAGAACCGGAACCUUCUUGUGAACCGGAUUUAGUUCAAGAAGUAAAGUGCUCUUUUUGGGUAAGUCUUCUUCCAAGUACUCGUAUGGUACGCCUUUAAGUUUGAGAGCCAUCUCGACUCUACGACUAAAAGGGCUUAUCCAA